AUGCUCUUGAAGAUUGGUACAACUAAAAGCCAUACACUGAUCGACAUCAAAAAUCGAGGAGGACUCAUAAAACCAUCAAUUGAUGUAAUUCAAAUUUGUAAAUUAACUGAAAAAACAUUUGUAUCAAGAAUUAAUCAAGUGCCAAAACAUUUAGGAGAUCCAAUCAAUUAUUUAAUAGUUAAAACAAUGUCUAAUAUUAAUAUAAAAAAAUUGUUUAAUUGUUUAAAUGAACAUAUUUUAUCUCAGUCCCCAAUAAACAACCAUGUUCUACAAAUUAUAAAAAAAUAUAUUGUCAUUAGACUACACCACCACAAUAAAGAGCUAAGCCAGCCGAAACUUAGAAUUAGAUCACACCUAACAAAAGUCAUACUAUUUAAACACCAGUAA